GGAUUUCAACGUCACGUGUCCGCAUUCCUGGGGGUGGCUUCCAACGUUGACUCGGGCCACCUUUUUUUGUGUGUCGCUGUAGAUGUUAGCGCUUUGCAUCUUUUUUUUAUUCCAUCUCCAGCGGCAGACGUAACUUCCAAGGCUGCUUAUCGCUGCAAACAAACACAAUGAUCGAGGCCGGGGGAGCGAAUACCGACCGGAUCGAUACGCGCUGAAUGAAGGAUAGCGCGUCAGUGUUUGUUUGGUUGAUGCGCGGUGCGUCGUGGCGAUGAUGGUAACCGUGGUCGGUUGUCAAAAGUACUGUGUCCUUUUUGACGGCUUGGGAUUCGUGCAUCGUAGCAUCGCGAGAGAUGGCGGCGACUUGGGAAGUCCUUUAUCCAGCAGUGGAUCAAGCAUAGCUGAUUGCUGCCGCUGGUGAUAAGGAUGAGAGAUAAAUGUGCUAUCGAGCGACCUUUCAUUUUUAAGUUUCUUUUUGUGACUUUCCGAUUCGGACCUAACGAGGAGUUGGCAACGCUGCGACUCGGCGCGGACGAGGAGGCAGGAGGAGGAUCAGAAGCGACCCCGCCGCCGCGGGCUGCAGCUACCCGGGGCUGAAGCCGCCUCGCCCGGCCAGGAGGAGGAGGAGAGGGCUGUACCCCUCCCUCCCUCCCGGCCCACGUCUCAAGACGCCAGCCAUGGGCUCACAACGCUCGGCCAGAAGUCGGAGUCUUCUUCUCGCGUUCGCCGUGGUCACCGUGCUGAGCCAGAGCGACCCUUCGCUGGGUGCCUCGUUCUUCGGAGACAGCUACGUGGAGCUUCUGCUGACCGAGGCGUCUGACCAAACGGAGCUGAGUCUGCGCUUCCGCACGCACCAGCGGAACGCGCUGCUGUUCCUGGCCGCAGGCAGCAGCGACUACUGCUUGCUGGAGCUACGCGCCGGGCGCUUGCAGCUGCGAAUGGAGCUCGGCUCCGGAGAGGGCGUGCUAAGGACCGAGCCCGGCUUGCGCAUGAAUGACCUGGAGUGGCACCGCGUGAGAGUUCAGCGCAAGGGGGAGGCGGUUACCAUGACGGUGGACGGCCGCGCACCCAGCUCAGCGCGCCUCCCAGGUCAGCUGCAGGAGCUGAACAUCCAGCACGGCCUUCUGCUUGGUGGGACUGGCAGCCUGGAGCGGCCCUACCUCACCGGCCGCGGAGGCGUGCAGUCCUUCAGGGGCUGCGUGGAGGAAGCGGUGUUCAAUGGGCACGACAUUCUGGCGUCCCUGCGGUCGUACGCCGGUCACAAGACGGUGCACGAGGUCUCGGCAGGCUGCAGCCCUGAGUUCGAGGCCAACCCCGAUGAUCCCAUCAGCUUCUUCAGCCCGUGGUCAUACUUGGCGUUCCCACCCGUCUGGGGGGACAGCGGCAAGGUGGUCUUUGAGUUCCAGGUGCGCGUGGGUGUCAAGAGCGGCAUCUUGCUCUACCACUUCCGGGCGGGCAAAGAUCCUCCGUUUGCAGCGCUCGAAAUACGCGAGGGCCGCUUGUGGUCACUCCUCAACGUCGGCGAAAGAACCGUGGUCAUAAGUCCCAAGACCAGGGUGAACGACAGCCGCUGGCACCACGUCCAUUUCUCUUUCACCGCCUCGCAUGUCACGUUAAGGGUGGAUAACUAUACCGUGAUACAGAGCUUCAUGGUGGUUGACAACCGCAAGUUCCUGGAGCUGCGGCGCAGCGGUGAGCCCCUGUUCAUCGGCGGCGUGGACUCCAGCACGAGAGCAGAGGCGCGGAGGAACGGCCUGGCCUCGCUGAGGGGCGGCAGCAGCCGAGGAACGGGCGGGUCGCUGCGCGGCUGCUUACGCGACCUGAGGGUGGACGGGGAGCGGCGGAGCCUGCAGGACGUGCUGGUGUCCAAGGACAUCGCCGUGGGCUGUCGGGAAAGCGUGGCGACAGCAGCCCCGACCGCCAAACUCAAGGCGCCCGUCGCGCCGACAGCCAAACCGCGGAGAGUUGAGGGCACCGCGAAGCCGACAGCGCCGCCGACAAAGGCGCCAACGACCACUGUUGCCACCACGGAUGCCGCUACCUCCACCACCAUUAAGCCCAUGGAGCCUCCUCUUCUGCUCCUGCACGAGCUGGAGUUACUGGAAGGGGGGAAAGCAAACUUGAAUUCCAAAAAUAUCAGAACGAACGUGAACCUCCAGCUGCUGGGAAAUCGACCAUCGCAGUUGUUCUUCAGAGUUUUGAGCGGGCCGUGGCACGGCAAGAUUAGGGUCGGUGGUGUCCUGCCGGAGUCAGAUGCACCGAGCGCAGCACACGCGGUGUUCAACCUCCUUGACGUGUCUCAGGAGCGGGUGGUGUACGUGCACGACGGCUCCGAGGCCCCGGGUGACACGUUCACCUUCGAGCUCUACGUAACCGGCAAGAGUAAUAAAAUGCCCAACGUCCUCCUCAAUGGACUGAAGGAGCGGUACGUCUUUAACAUAACCGUGUUGCCGGUAAACGAUCCUCCGGAGUUGGUGCUUCCAACUGGGAACCUGUUCACGCUUGUGGAACAGAGUAGGAAAAAGCUCACCCCGGACGUAGUGCAAGCCAUCGACGCGGACACAGACGCCGCCGAACUGAAGAUCUCCGUCCUGGGCAACUUGAACGCGGGAGCCGGUCACCUGGAGAGCACACGGGAACCGGGCAAGGUCAUCACGUACUUUUCUUACGCGGACAUGCGGGCGGGGGACGUGUACUUUGUGCACCACGGCUUGAUCAGGAACUCGCGGGUCGCUUUGCGCGUGAGCGACGGGGAAAAGGUGAGCAACACCGUGGUGCUCCGGCUCCUCGCGAUCCCCGGUGAGUUUGGCAUGGAGAACAACACCGGGAUAUCCGUGUCGGCGCUGGAAGGAUCGGCGCUGAUUCUCACCGCAAACCUCUCGGUGCGCACCAACGCAGCGGACCAGGACGUGGAGAUACAGUACAGCAUCACGGAGCUACCCAAGUACGGGGAAAUCCAGCGGCUGUACGAAUCCAACGGGAGGUGGAGAAGGGCUGAGUCGUUCACACAGCGCGCGAUGGAGAGGAAGCACGUGAGCUACGCCCUCAGCGAUGGCGCCAACAUUGCCGCCGCCGGCGUCACCGAUUGCUUCCGAUUCAAGGUGUCCGUUUUCGGAAAGGUUUUGGAGGAGCCGCAGGAAUUCGCGAUCCGUGUCAGUCCGGCGAAGCUCAAGGUCGCGAACAACAGGCCCUUGGAGCUUGACAAGGUCGAGCGAGCGCACUUGACACAGAAGAACCUGCAGACGCGAGUGGAGGGGGCCAAAGUGAGUGACGCAGACAUUAAGUACGACAUCAUUACCCUGCCCGCUAAAGGUCAUUUGUACCUGGGAGACGUGAAGUUGACGGCCAACGCGUCGUUUACGCAGCGCGACGUGAGGAGUGGAAGCGUUUCCUACUUGCUGAAGGAAAGAGCCAAGUCCGACAUGGAAGACACCGUAUGGUUUCACGUUUUGGCCCAGCGCCUCAAGUCCAAAUUGCACAGUUUUCGUUUUACAAUAAAAGCCGAUUCCGAGGCCAUUGAAGUUACUAACAAUGGGCUUAGCGUCAUAGAAGGUGAGGGAAAACUGAUUACGAAGAACGAGCUGUUUUUGGAAACCCUAAACACACAAAACUUUCGCUACCAGAUUACACAAAGCCCAAGGCAUGGAAAACUCAAGAAAAUCAACCUCUCCGACUCUGCAGAUAGUAACGACAAUGUAACAACCUUCACAAACGAGGACAUAGUGAACAAACGGCUCAUGUACAUUCAUGACGAUUCCGAGACCGGCGAAGACCGGUUCACUUUCUCCGCCACUCCCACGGACCUGAAUUUCUCGUCAGCGUUCAACGACGCCUUCAACGUCACGGUGCAGCUUCGGAACGACGAGAAGCCCGCCCGCAUGGUGGACCGCGUACUCCGGGUGGUGCGGAAUGGCCACAAGCUGCUCACCCUCUCCGACCUGGCUUACUACGAUGCCGACGUCGACUCGGACGACGCCGCGCUCGUGUACACAAGGCGCGGCAUCCCAAACGGCGAGCUGGUGGCGGCGGACGACCCCAGCAAGAGGCUCUACCAGUUCCGCCAGGGCGAUCUAGCGGAGCGCCGGGUGCUCUUCGCGCACCGGGGCGCGGACCAGGGUCGCUUCGUCCUGUGGGUGUCAGACGGGAAGCACCAGGUGACCGCGCUCUUGGAGGUCGUGGCGAGCGAGCCGUACGCCCGGGUCAACAACGGCACGGGCCUGCUCGUGCGCAGGGGACACACGCAGGCCAUCGCCGCGGCGAACCUGAGCGUUGACACCAACGUGGACGUGCGGGACGAGGGCGACGUCACGUUUCGGGUGACCGAGUCGCCGAGGCACGGGCGGCUGCUGCUGGACGGCCACCCGGCCGAGUCGUUCACGCGGCGCGACCUGCAGACGGGUCGGGCGAUGUACCGGCACGACGGCGGCCACGGUGGGCUGCGCGAUAGCUUUCGAUUCGCCGUGGAGCUGCGAGGGCACGGCGAGGGAGCGGGGAUGCCGGUGGAGGGCUCCCUGUCCAUUCGCAUAUUCCUGGAGAGCCACGAGAAGCCACCCGCUGUCGUGCGCAACGCGAGCCUCGUCGUGGGAGAGGAGGAGCCCGUGUCCAUCGGCAGCGCCAGCCUUCAGGUCACGCACGAAGUGAGCCCGCCGGCCGAGUUGGUGUUCACGGUGAGGGAGCCGCCCCAGCACGGCUUCCUGCGUCGUCUGGUGGCGAACGGGGAGGAGGAGGAACAGUACGAGGGCUCGCUAGCACAGCAACUGGAGGCUUUCACGCAGCUGGACGUCAACUUGAACCGCGUGCAGUACGUCCACACCUCGCCUGGACAGCUUGCUGACAGCUUCUCCCUGGACGUGGGCAACGGCGUGUCGGCGCCACUGCCGGCACUGCUGGUGGCCGUCGACGUCCUGCCGCGCCUCAUCCCCCUACGGCUGCCGGGCGGCGGCGUGCUGGCGGUGCGCGAGGGCGGCUCCGCGGCCUUGCUCGUCGCCGCCGACAGCCCCCACUUCGCGAGGCGUCAACUCGAGUUCCGGGUGUCCGAGCCACCCAAGCACGGGCGCGUGGAGGGCGUCGACCAACCUGGAGUGGCCCUCGCCGCCUUCACCAGUCGGCAGGUGGAGCGAGAGCUGGUGUACUACGUCCACGACGGCAGCGAGACCCGCGAUGACAACUUCACGCUGGUGGCCGUCGACGACGAACUGCACAAGCGCAGCAAGCCGAUGGUCGUGCCGGUCGCCGUUUCCGCCGUCAACGACGAGCCUCCCGUCGUCGCCGCCAACCAGGUCCUGAAGGUGUGGGUAGGCUCCGUGACGGAGAUCACGUCAGCCGACCUGAGGGCGGAGGACAAAGACACCCCCCCGGAAGAGUUGGCGUACUCCAUCUCCCCUCCCAGCAACGGCCUGGUUGCCCUGAGGGAGCGGCCGAACCAGCCGGUGCUCAACUUCACGCAGGCGGACGUCGACUCGGGCUCGCUCGUCUUCGCGCACCGCGGAGCGACCUCUGGAGGAUUCAACUUCCAGGUCACGGAUGGAGUGAACUCUGCUGCUCGUCAGAUCUUCAGCAUCACAGCCAAGCCGCUCGUCCUCAGUGUGGAGGUCAACAACGGACUCAGCGUCUACCCCGGGACCCUGCACCCUAUCACUGAGCAGGACCUCAAGGUGGUCACCAACGACGACAAGUUCCCCAGCAACCGCUCCGUCGUCUACUCCGUGAUCGACAAGCCCGGGUUGGGCCGCAUCGUGCGGACUGGAGCCAACAACGCCACGGCCGCCGUAGACAGCUUCACCCAAGCGGAGGUGGCGGAGGGACUGAUUGCGUACGAGCAUCGGGGAGGCGACAUGGGGCAGUGGAGCACCACAGAUUCCUUCGUCUUCCAGGCUUCGUCAAUGCCCUCCAAGCUGCCCGCACAGACCUUCCACAUCAGCGUGUCCUUCGACAACGCGGCCGGGAGGAGCGGCGUGCUGCUCGCCAACACAGGAGCGACGGUGGUGGAGGGCCAAGAAGUGGCGAUAAACAAGUCGAACCUGGACGCCUCGAACCUGCUGGCCAAGCUCGCGAAGGAGCAGCGCGGCUCGCACGAGGUGUACCUGCAGGUCACCGUCCUGCCCCGACACGGCUUCCUGUGGCUCGGCAGCUUCAACGUGACCAAGGAGAAGCCGUACGUUUCCCAGGCGAACCUCGACCGCCACGGCUUGCGCUAUCGGCACGACGGCUCGGAGGACGCCCGCGACAACUUCACCUUCGUCGCGUUUCCCAACCCCAAAAACAAACGCGCCGGCCGACCGGAUGGCAGCGGUGACGUCGGCGACUCGCUCGUCGUCGAGGAAGUCUUCCUCAUCGACGUGCUGCCCGUCAACGACCAGGCGCCGGAGCUCAAGACCAAGACGCCGGGCUUGAGCGUCGUGCAGGGCUUCACCGCCACGAUAGCCGAGCGCAACCUGAAAGUCGUCGACCUGGACAAUCCGGCGCGCGAAUUACAGUUUACGAUCAUCAGCGGACCGAACAACGGGCGCGUCGCGUUCAACGACAGCCCGAGCGUCGCCGUGAGCGAGUUCACGCAGGCGGACGUGGACGCGGGCCGCGUGGUGUUCGUGCAGGACGGAAGUCCCGCGUCCGGCGUCUUUUACUUCCGCGUGACGGACGGAGUCCACCGCCCGCUCUUCACCCUCUUUAACCUGGCGGUGGAGCCGCUGUCCGUCCGGUUGGUGAACCACAGCGUGGUGGAGCUCGUGCAGGGCCAAGCGACGAUCGUGGUGACGCACGGCCACCUCGCGGGCGAGACCAACGGGCAGAGCGCCGAGAUUACGUACCGGGUCACGCGCGGCCCGCAGGCCGGCCUCUUGCUGCUCAACGGCAGCAGGGUGGACACCUUCCCGCAAACCGAAAUCGACGCGGGCUCGCUGGCCUACCGCAUGACCAACAUGUCGGCAUCCGAGGACGACUUCGAGUUCAGUGCCCUUACCGCCGAGAGCAACGUCACGGGCUUGGUUGCCAAGAUUGCGGUGAUGCCCCUGGUUAAGAUUCCGGCGGACCUGGCACUACCCGCCGGAACGGCCACCCCCGUGAGUCUGGAUAUGCUGGACGCGCGAGAGCUGGCGAACCUGACGGGUCACAUGCCACACUACGAGGUGUUACGGCAGCCGCGGCAUGGCCGGCUUGCGCACCGCUCGCUCCGCGGCAAGCGGGACGCACGGGGGGUCACGCGUUUCACCCAGAGCGACGUCGAGAUGGGGCUUGUCCUCCUGGAAGUCGGAGACGUAAACCUAACGGAUGCGCGUCAAGCAAAUGAUUCCUUUAGGUUUGUGCUGAGAGCAGAGGGGGUCCAGCCAGCGGCGGGUGAGUUUGCGUACAGCAUAGUGCCUCUCGACCCUUCCGCGGUGCCCAAUAUAACGUCGCACCUCGAAGCACUUUCAGAACACGAUUCGUCGGUAACCCCCCCUGUCACGGGAGGCGCUACUGCCGUGGGCUCGAACGUGGCCACGGAGGAGGCGGCGGCGCCAUUCAAUGCUACCGUGUCCCCGUACAGCGAGGCUCCGGCCAGAAGGCCUGCACCCCGAUGGAGGAACAAAAUUUCGGACCGCUGGGGCAAUCGCAACAAAAACAGCAGUGCCGACCCCGACGACACCCUCGAUCCCAGCCCGUCGUGGUCGCCCGAUCCGGACUGGGCGGCGGCGGAGUCGGUGGACGAAGGCGGCGGCGGAAACCUGAACGUCAUCGUCCCCGUCGUCGUCGCAGCCGUCGCGCUCGCGAUCAUCGCGGCGCUGGCCUUGCUGGCGAUCGCCAGGAGGAGGAGCCGCGACGUCGCGAAGGGCUUCCGGGCUCUCAAGCCCAACAACCUGGGCCCGAGCCGCCUGGCCGCAGCGGGCCACACGGAGAGGAGCCCCACGGUGCCCACCGUCACCGUGACGGCGCUCGGCGGCGGAGGAUCGCCGUGCGCGGAGGCCGACAUCGUGGCAGCCAUGGUGGCGGAUGCCCGGGCAAACCCGUCGCCACCCCCGAGUCCCACCGCCCUCCCGUACGCCUGGUGCCACUUCAACGCCGACAUGCUGCAGUACUGCCGAACCACAAGUCCCUCGCUGCGCAAGAACCAGUACUGGGUGUGACACGGGAAGGCGGAGCGUUCCGUUUCGGGGGGGCGGAAUGCGGGGUCGCGGCGUUCACCCCCGUAUGACCCCCCCUGUCACGGGGGCUCGACCGAGGUGGUCCCGUGGAGGUCGCUCACCCCCCCACCGCCACCGCCGUGUUUUCUCGCGGGCCGUUGAGAAUGGGCGAUUGCGUCCGCUCCGUUUUUUUUUCUCGUGUAAAUUGACCCAAACACAUGCCGGUGGGCCUUCUGCCUAAAGGACUGCUGCGUUGCGGUUGGCUGGAGCCAACCAAGCCAGCGGCAUUACGACGGCCGCAUAUUAGGACGAAGCCUGUGUUUGUGCUUUUUUUUUGCUGUGUCUGCGUUCAUAUCUCGUUGGUAUCAUUUAUCUUUUGUUUUUACACAUAUAUAAACGUUGUGCAAAGCGCGUUUAGCGAUCAGUGGUUGCCAAAAAUACGGCCGAUAAAAAGGGCAGGAGAGAAAGAAAUGCGUUAUAAUUUGAGCAGUGUUAUCAGUGGCUUAAAUGAUAGGUGCCACCUUUUGAAUUUGUGACAAACGUAAUUACUGAUAUGAAGCAACAUGUGUUCAACGAAACAAAGCUCCUUAUGGAUCAAUGUCAUCCCAGUAAAAUUAGUGUUGUUCGGGCCGACUCUCACAAGGAUUCGCUUUACUGAGUAUCAUCAACAGGUUGUUGCCUUUUAAUUUAAAGCUUUCGUGACUGCAGGGAUUCAUAUUCUUCGUUCUUUCGGUAAAGUCACGUAGAAGGGAAACAAUAAAAUAUA